CCUCGACAAACCUAUAACUAUAUACGCGGCCCUUCCAACUGCGUUCUGUCGUUUGCAUAUUGGUUAAACAUUAUGCAGAAAUCCCGCCACAGUCCGAUCACAAUUGCGCUCGCCUUCUUUGCAGGCGCUUUGUUACCCAAUGCUGCUGCCUUCAGUAUUCAGCCCCAACUUGGCCCCUACCCUGUCUCGGUAUCCAACAUAGCCAUCCAAACCAGUCGCGAUGAUGCCCUCGCUCCCCAGUCAGGAACAAAACGCCGUCUCAUGCUCUCCAUUUUACAGCCCCAGAUGGAUACUUUCGCAUGCCACAAUUCGUCUUACACGCCAUAUAUGCCAGCCCGCACGGCGUCCGUGAUGAAAACCCAGGAACCCGCCGGUAUUCCUCUUUCUCCCAUUGCUGACUUGGACUUCAAUGCUCUCGAGGUUGAAUAUUGCGCGCUUUCAUCUUCCCUCGUCUCGCUUGCGGAACCCCGACUUCCCAUCCUCCUCUUCCAGCCAGGAUACCAAAACAGUCGAUUUUCCUACCAGCUCAAUCUUGCAUCAAUUGCUAGUUCGGGGUAUACAGUGAUUAGCAUGGACUCUACUUUUGAGACCCCCAUCAUCGAAUUUCCGGACGGAUCAACCGUUGUAAACAACACGGGCAUAUCUGAAGACGGCCUAGGACCCAACGACAGUCUUCCGGUUAGGGUUGCAGACUAUUCAUCUGUCAUCGACGCUCUUGAGAAUGGCGAGCUACAGGUUCCGGGUUUGGAACUAUCGUCAAAAUCAACAGGCGAGGAAGGAAAAAUAGGUGGGAUAGGUGUCUUCGGUCACUCUAUUGGUGGCGCUGCCGCUCUCUCGGCUGCAUCAUCCGACCCGCGAAUCGCGGCCGCGAUAGAUUGGGAUGGCCAGAUUUUCUCGUCGCAGAUCAACAUUUCUAUUCCUGUUCCAGCAUUUCUAUUCGGCCGUGAGACCCCGUUGCCAGGUCAUGUCGAAGGUUGGGAAUUCGCUUGGGACAAUUUACUCAAAGGGGAAAAGGUAUGGGUAGCUGUAAACGGAACACAGCAUCUAAGUUUCACAGACCUCCCAAUCGUUCUGGAUGUAGAAGGCUUGAGGAAAGAAUAUAGAGAGAACGUGGAGGCUGUUGGAGGGGUCAUUGCACCUGAGAGACAGAGGGAGAUACUAUGGAGAGGCUCAGUCGGGUGGUUUGAUUCAGUGUUGAAAGGAACCGGGGAAGAUUUAUUCCAUAACAGGAUAAAUGAUUAUCCAGAUGUACGAUUUGUGAAGUGA